CCGGAAAGAUGUCUUUGUUUAUAUUAUCAAAUAGUCAGUGCGUGUUAUGAAUUGUUGUAGGUCUAAUGUUAUAUCAAAUGUUAUCAAUUAUUAAAAGAUCAAUUAUUUAUUAAGCUUAGUUAAAAAGCUACAGGGUAAAGGAAAGUGUGUGUAAGCUCAGAGCCUUUGCUGUGUUUGUCUCAGAUCUGAAAAGGGACUACAAUGGGAGUUCAUGGCCUGUGGAAAUUGCUGGAGAGCACAGGAAAGCCCAUUAACCCGGAAACACUCGAGGGGAAGAUCCUAGCAGUUGAUAUCAGCAUCUGGCUAAACCAAGCGGUCAAGGGAGUGCGCGAUCGUGAAGGCAACAACGUCCACAACGCCCACCUUCUUACGUUGUUCAACCGCCUGUGCAAGUUACUCUUCUUCCGCAUCAGACCUGUCUUUGUUUACGAUGGCGAUGCACCUCUGCUCAAAAAACAGACUCUGGCUAUCAGGAGACAGAGGAAGGAGGAGAUGGUGCUAGAGUCCAAGCAAACCCAUGAAAAACUCUUGAGGACGUUUCUGAAGAGGCAGGCAAUCAAAACGGCGCUAGGAGACCGCAGUAAAGAAACAAUUCCCAAUAUUUCCUCCGUGCGUCGAGAUGAGGUGGAAGAAAUGUUCGUUUUACCUGCACUGCCUCCUGUCGAGGAAGAAGAACAAAGCAGUUCUGAUGAAGAACCAGAAAGAGAAGAAGUACAGACACAAGAGUCCUAUCUGACCUUUCAGGAUGAGAUGUAUGAAAAUACCAGUUCCGUAGACAUCAACUCUGAGGAGUUCCUUCUCCUGUCACCAGAGAUCAAGCACGAAAUUCUCAAAGACAUGAAGGAGUUCAGCAAGAGAAGACGCACACUUUUUCACAAACCCCCUGAGAGGUCAGGGGACUUCUCUCAGUAUCAGCUGGCCGGGUUGCUGCAGAGGAAUAACCUGAACCAACGUCUAGAGGGUGUGGAGAAAGAAAUGAACCAGCGCACAUGUGGAGCUGUGGAGGAGGAGUACGUCCAGGGGGACGAGCACAGCGUUGAGUCGCGCCGCCUUUUAUCUGAGGAUUCGUCACAUUAUAUACUCAUCAAAGGGUCUCAAAAGCGCACACAGACUGAGAGUCACGUAGCCCCAGAUCCCUGGUCUUCAGGCCCUUGGUCCAGAAAAGGGAAAGUCAAAGGAAGGCCAGAGCCCCUUUGGCGGCCAAUAUCAGACGGCGUUCCUGAGGAAAACGAGCCUUCUUCUUCCUCUUCUUCAUCGACGACUCCAAAACUAAUCAUUUGUACCGAGGAGCAGCCUUCAGCUGGAGCCCCUCCCUCGCCACGAACCCUUCAGGCCAUUCAGGCAGCCAUGAUGGACAGCAGCUCGGAUGAAGAUGAAUCAGCUUCUAAGAAUAAGAUCCAAGAUGGAAGUGUAAAAGCAAGUUCUCAAGAAGAUAACGGUGGUGUGUCACCUCGCACUUUGCAGGCCAUCCAGAGGGCCCUGACGGAGGACAAUAAUGUAUCUGAAUACUUCAGCAAAGAGGUUCAAACUCAGCACCAGAAAGUUGUCAUUGUCAGUAGCUCAGAUGAGGAUGAAGAUCAAGCUGAAAGCACAGUGAUGCAAAAGAGUGUUUUGAAUGAGGCUCAGGAAGGAGGUGGACUUUCUCCACAGACUUUACUGGCCAUUCAGAGAGCUUUAGGAGAAAAAGAGACACUUACUGAGAUGGAGCAGGUGGACCGUGUGGGUUUGUUAUGCAGUUCUGAAGGUGAGGAAAUGGACGAGGUAGUUGAAGUGAGGAGCAAAGAGUUCAGAUCUGCUACUAAUGAAGAAGUGCUUGAAAAAGAUGCUUUAAAAACAGCUUCCGCUCCUUCAGAUCUACAGUCGGAUGAAAAAGUUUUGCCCGAAGAACAUGGGCCAAGUUCUCUAAACAAUUUCUUUGAAAAAGAAAGUUUGAGCAUUAGCUUAAUUGAGGAGAAGGAGGGAAGAAAUACGCAAAUUAUUGUAAAGAGUGAAGAGGAGGACAGCAGCUCUGAAGAAAGUUUCAUUGAGGUAUCAGAAGGGGAAGAGGAGCCUGAAUUGAAUAAUUCAGUAACCAAAUCAGAAGAACAAUUACCAGAAAUGAGUAAUAAAGAGGAGGUGGUGGCAAAGGAUGAAGAGGAGAGCCAAAAGGAAGAUUCAAGUGGAACGACUCCGUCAUUAAACAGCAGUGAAAUGGAAGAAAAACAAGCUGAAAGCUCUCGAGAAGUGGCUGCUGCUCCUCCAUCCAGUGAAUGGGACAAUAUCGACAUGGAGGAGCUGGUCGAGUUGGAGAAAGAUCUGCAGGCAGAGCAGAGCAACCUUCGCGGCCAGCAACAGCAACAGCAGCGCAGUGCAGCCACAGUUACAGGGCAGAUGUGCCAGGAGAGCCAGGAGCUGCUGCGGUUGUUCGGGGUGCCCUUCAUCGUUGCCCCAAUGGAAGCUGAAGCUCAGUGUGCAGCUUUGGACCGGACGGACCAGACACAUGGCACCAUCACAGACGACAGUGAUGUCUGGCUGUUCGGAGGACGACACGUCUACAAAAACUUUUUCAACAGCAAAAAUUACGUGGAACACUACCAGUACCUGGAUAUUCAAAACCAGCUAGGACUGGACAGGACUAAGAUGAUCAAUCUGGCCUAUCUACUGGGUAGCGAUUACACCGAGGGAAUCCCAGGAGUCGGAUACGUUACUGGCAUGGAAAUACUAAACGAGUUCCCUGGGACUGGUUUAGAACUUCUGAAUCACUUCAGUAAAUGGUGGAAUGAAGCACAAACCAAUAAGAAGCUGGUUGCUGAUCCUAAGGACACAAAGGUGAAGAAAAAGCUGAGAGCAUUAAAGGUUCAUCCAGGCUUCCCGAAUCCUGCUGUCGCUGAGGCCUACCUCCAGCCCACUGUGGACCAAUCAGAGGGCUUGUUUUGCUGGGGCCACCCACAGCUGGAUCUCCUCAAAGAGUUUUGUUAUAGUCGAUUUGGUUGGAACAGCAGGAAGACUGAAGAAACACUUCAGCCAGUCCUAAAACAGCUCAGCACUCAACAGACUCAGCUGCGCAUCGAUUCCUUCUUCCGUCUGGAGCAGCAGGAAAAGCAGGCCAUUCGCAGCCAGCGGUUACGCCGAGCCGUCACCUGCCUCAAGAGGAAGGAACGCGAUCGAGCAGAGAGCAGUGACGAUGAAACGGUCUCACCGGUCAAGAAAGGGAAGAACGGCAAAGAGAAAGGAACUGACGUUACACCUGCAGGGAUGUUUGGAGGAGGUUUUAUUGGAAUAAACAUGAGUUCUAACAGCCCAGAAGAGAAGAUGAUUGGAGGGGAAACAGUCGAGAAACGGCCUAAAACACCGCCAUUGAAAUCUGAAUCCAGCAGCAGCAGUUCAGAAGAUGAACUGGAACAUAAGAAAAAAGCCACCAUGGUUACCGCACGGUCUGUGUUUGAGGGGAAAACAAGAGGAAGAGGGAGAAGAGGAGGACGAGGAGGAGCAAGAGGAAAGACCAAGAAAAGCAUGUAAUGACAAAAGACUUGAGUACUACUUAUGCAUUUCUGUAAGGCAAAAUAGGUGCCUGAAGCCUAUGAUGUGAAAGAUAUAACAUUAAAUUAUUGCAGAAAACUUGUGUACAAUGUCUAACACACUGAUUUAAAUAUUCCAUUUAAAUAAAUCAGUUUGGCUGGAGUCCAAACAUUUAUUUUUCCUGGUAAAUAUUA